AUGCCGAGAAGGACCAGAGGAGUUUGCUUUAAACCUGGUCAAAAAUAUACUCAUCGUUUGAGUAAGAUUCUUGAAGAAUAUCCUGAUGGGUCGCAAAUCCUUCGUGAAAUUCUUCAGAAUUCCGAUGAUGCGAAAAGUCGACAGCAAACCUUUAUUCUCGAUCGUAAUAGUUAUCCCACGCAAACAUUAUUUGAACCUAAUAACAAUGGGACCGAAAGAAACGAUUUGAAGUUGGAUCGGUAUCAAGGUCCAGCUUUGUUGUCAAGAAAUGACACAAUUUUCGAAGAAGACGACUUAAUAUCUUUAGUUAAUUUGGCCAACAGCUAUAAACGUGCUAUGGGUUUGAGUUUUAACUCAAUUUACCAUAUUACCGACUCUCCAUCGUUUAUUACUGAUGACAGUUAUGUAAUACUGGAUCCACAUGAAUGGUAUUACGACGGCGGCGUUCAAUUUGAUUUUGUCGAAGAGGCGUCGAACUAUCCGGAUCAAUUCGCUCCGUUUAGAAUUCCUUGUAACAUUAAAUUCAAAGGAACCCUUUUCCGAUAUCCUCUUCGGACUUCAGAAGACGCGAUUGAUUCAUCAAUUUCAAAGAAAGUUUAUCGGCCAGAUGAUAUUCUAGAGAUGUUUCAAAAGUUUUAUGAAAAUGAAAGCAUCAAUUGCUUAUUAUUUUUAAAAUAUAUUGAGGUCAUUAAAUUCUACGAAUUAAAUGAGGGAGAAGCAGAUCCAAACUUACUUUACGAGAUUUCCCUUGAAAAUGCAGAUGAAGUUAGGUCAAAACGUCAAUUGAUCGCGAAAAAUAUAAUGCCCAUGAUGAAAUCGUUGGGUUCAAAUGAUUCUAACAGAAUCAAGGAAUUAAAUUCCAUAUUUAUUGCGAAUUUUUGCCGGCAGGAGGGUAAAACGGAACGAGAAAGCAUUUCGUGGGUGAUCUUUAAUUGGCUAAGUGAUUUAAAUGUGGUGAAUAAUUAUUUUCAGGAAAAUUUUAAAAAGGAUAUUAAAGCAUACAAGUUUGUUCCGAAUGUUGGUCUUGCCAUGCGGCUUGACAGUCAUACGACCAACGGAAGGCUUUUCUGUUUUCUACCUCUUCCGAUUUUCACGCCUUUCCACACCUCGAUAAACGGAUAUUUAGCGGUUAGUACAAAUAGGCGCACAAUUUGGACUCCAGCGGAUAACGAAUAUUUAGCCGUUGACGCUUCAGCAAGUCUUAAAGCGUCAUGGAACAAGUAUCUUUUUGAUGACGUUCUUCCAAAGGCAUGGGCAAGGUUUUUAGUUACACUUCCUGACGAAUACCCAAGUGUCCAACCAAAACAAUUCUACGACUUCUGGCCAGUAUUUUUCAAUCAAGUUUCAAGCAGUAUAGUAGAAUUUUGCAAGGAGAUAUUGGAAAAUGUUGUUGAAAAUCUUAAUAUCGAUGAUGAAGUCUUCCUUGGUCCAUCGGCGUCUUAUCUUCCCGGAAAUAUGCAAGGUUUAGUUCAAGCAGACAGCAAUGUUUAUGUGAAAAAGAACACCGAAUUUCCAUUCUUAUCAAUUGUCAGCGGAUAUUUCCCACCAGACCAAAAGUUACCUGCAAUUUCUGAGAUACUCGGGAAAAUUGGGUUUCCAGUAAUUGUUGGCACGGAUCCCACUGUGAAAAGUGUAUUGGAAAAAUCGAGGCACAGUAGCGUUCUUCAAGUCUACUCUUUGAAAAUAAUUAAAACGUACCUUCGACAAAAUCAGAAUAGAUUGCAGGAUUUAUCUCGCGUUGAAAUUUCAAAUUUGUUCUGUUAUGUUCUUCAGGAUAAGGAUACUUCAGGAUUGGAAGGGCUUCAGAUGAUACCAUUGGCUGACGGAACGUUGGGAACCAUCUCAAAAGUUGAAGAAGAUAUUGCAUACAUAUGUUUUGAUCAGCCAACAAUUGAUAUGGAUUGUGAACAUAAAAUUUUUAAUAAAGACUUGAAAAAGUUUAUCGACAGUUUAAUCUCACCAAACCUGCGGAACCUUUUAUAUGAGGGUGCGAAAAAUAAAUGGAAUAUCAAUAUUAAGAUAUUAGAUCAAUCGAUCGUGGCCAAUUUGAUCAAGAAGAAUCUGAAGGGAUAUACUGAGGUGUCUGAUGAGAUCGAGUUGGAAGAUCAGCGUGAAUGGAUUUAUAUGAUUUGGGAAAACUUUCUGAAAAGGAAAUAUGAACUAAAGGAUUUCGAAUCAUUACAUCUUAUUUUAACAAAUCAAGGAACUUUACGAAAAAUAAGAACCAAUGAAAAAUGUUUCUGGAAUGGCAUUGACGAUGAAAUUGACAACAAAUUACAACCGCUCGUAGAAAAGUUUGGCGUUGUGUUUGUCGAUAAAGAUUUCGAGAAACGCUUCAGAAAUAUCUUGCCAAAAUUAUCGCCCUAUGUUGUUAAUCUUACCGAAUUGCCAACGGAUUCUCUUGAACUGAUUAAAUACUUAAGAGAACAGCUUAAAAUCGGGAAAUAUAGCGACAAUGAUUCUGGACUUUCAGACGCUGAAAUUGACGUAAUAAAAAGUCUUCCGAUUUUUUCGGAAAUCGGUCAUAAAGGACUAACUUCUCUCCACGAGAACAAAGAAUGGUUUUUACUUCCGAAAGAAGAAGAGAGAGAAUAUGAUUAUAUAAUAACUCCUAAUUCUAUCGGCUUUCUUGAUGUAAAUUUGACGAAUACUCGAUAUAUUUUAGAAAACAUAAUUAAGGUUACAAGAUUGACGCAAAAAAUUUACUGGAGGGAGUACGUGAUACCAUAUUUAAUCUCUCAGCCUGUACUGGUGUUUAAUAAGAUGGUGGAAAAACUCUUUGAUCGUCUGGAAGUUCUUCUCCGGAUCGAUUCUACUUUGAAAGGUAUACUGGGUAAACUUCCUUUUGUUACUACUGGAACCCAUGGGAUGUUUAAAGGUCGCCUCAACUCUGAUGUGGAUAUCGAACGUCGUGGGCCCAUGGAACUAUAUAAUCCCGAAGACCGAGAAAUAAUCGAUCUAUUUUUUGAGGACGAAAAGGUUUUUCCGUGUGGUAACUUCUCACCAAAGCUAUCUUUGCUUAAGGAAUUAGGUCUGAAAACGGUUCUUUUGCCGGAUGACAUUAUUGAUCGUUUGAGAGUAUUUCAGAAUUACAAAAAUAAACCCAUGUUAUUUGACAUUGUACACACGAAGACAAUGAAACUUCUUAAAUAUGUAGAUAACUAUUGGAAGGCCAUAUUUGACAAGACUUCACACGGAAACGAACAACUUUUUUCAGAAAUUUUGGCUCUCGAAUGGAUUCCGACUGUCGACCAUUUAGGGAGAAAGCAUUUCUCGAAAUCUUCGCGUUGUGGAGAUUUGGAAAAAAGAUAUUUAAUUGGUCAUGUCGUUCCCAUACUAAAUUAUAGAAUAAGAAACAAAGAGUUUCUUCAAUAUCUAGGUUGGAAUGAAAGUCCGGACAUCGAAUUAAUCCUUAGUCAGCUUCAGAAGUGCUCUCAGCCAUCGAUGAAAGUCCCCCAAAUAUACGAGAUUUGUAAAGCGAUUUAUAGUCAUAUGAAUACGAUUGUGACCGACAAUGGGACUGAGAUCGACACACUAAAGGAGAAACUCGGAGACACAAAAUGGAUACUGGUUAAUAGACAAUUUUAUUCAUCUGAAAAUGUAGUUUUCGACCUUCCCAAAGAUUUUGGAAACAAAGACACUUUGUUAGUGGGACUUCCCGACGAGUAUAAAUACAAUUACAAAGAACUUUUUGAAAGAAUGGGCGUCCGUUUGAAAAUUGGAAUUAAAGAUUACAUCAAUAUAAUUAAGGGGUAUGGUAAGGACUAUCUCGACAUUAAACUGCCCGCCGAUGAAAUACAUAAAGUGGUAGGAUUAAUUGAUCAGAUUUCAAGGAAGCACGCCGAAGAUAAAAGCUCUGCAGAAAUACUACAAGAAUUGCUUAUACCGACUACACAAGAGAUCCUCAAAAGUUUAAGCAAAGUUCAGUAUGAUGAUAUGGGUUCAAGGUUAACCGAUGAGGAAAAGACAGAUUAUAUUGCGCACCCUUCCAUAUCGCUGAGCAUCGCAAAAAAUAUUGGAAUGAGAAUGUUAUCCGUAAAAGAAAUAAAUAGAGCUAAUGAAAGCUUUAUUAUGCCAGAUUUUUAUGGGCAAAAUGAAACUUUGAUUACUCGAAUUAGAAAUAUAAUCAAUGAUUAUUUACCUGUCACCAUAUUUAAAGAAUUUUUGCAGAAUGCGGAUGAUGCUGGUGCUCGCACAUUCAAAGUAUAUAUUGACAAAAGAGAUUUCAAGAAGAAGGAUCGAUCAAGCCUUCUAACCGAAGGAAUGCAUUACUGGCAAGGUCCUGCCUUGUGGAUUUAUAAUGAUGCGGAGUUUAGCGAAAAUGAUUUCAAAUCGCUACCUAUACUUGGAGAAAGUGACAAAUUGUCCGAUAAAACGAAAAUUGGUCGUUUUGGAAUCGGAUUUAAUUCUGUGUAUAACCUUACCGACUUUCCGAGCUUUGUAAGCGGUGAGUAUAUCAUAUUUUUUGAUCCACACUCCAAAUAUCUUCCCGAGCAAGGAUACCCACCAAGGAAUCCCCUUGGAAGCCGGUACAACUUUGUUAAAGCCAAAUUCGGGGAGAGAUGGAAGAGUCAAGCCGAACCAUAUCUAUCCGUGGAAGGAUGUGAAUUGAUGAAUAGAUAUAAUGGAACUUUGUUUAGAAUUCCGCUGAGAACCUACGAGGCGAACAAUUCAAGCGAAAUAUCUGGUAAAAGAUUCGAUCCUGGUUAUCUUUUGGAACUUUUUAAAAAUAUCCAGGGAAACAGAGAGAUGUUUUUGAGAAACAUUGAAGAGUGCAGUUUACAUUGUUUAGAUGACAAUCAGUCGAAGUUAAUCUGGAAAACUAGGAUUAACAAUAUGGACGAGAAUAUAAGAAAUAUGCGCCGUUCGAUUACCAAAGAGACAAAAAUAUUUCAGCUUAACAUUGAAAUGCAAAUGUACAAUCAUGUUGUUAUGAAACAUGUAAGAGGACAAAUGAAUAAGAUCCUUGAACACUGGCUUUUAUGUUCUGGGGGAAACGAAGAGGUCAGAGAAGAUUUAAAAAACCUUUCGGAUGAGAAAAAACCUAGAGGAGCUGUUGCCGCACUAAUAGCAAAUAUGGAAGAAAAUGACAAGAAGGGUGCAAUGUAUUCAUAUCUAUCCCUCUCAAUAAACAAUGGUCUAAGUGUAAUGUUGAACGGAGAUUUUUUUUUAUCAAGUAAUAGAAACAAAAUUUUGUACUCAGAAAGUGCCGAGAUUGAAGCAAAAUGGAAUAGAUACAUAUUAUUGGAGGUUUUACCAUCAUUGCAUGCCAAGUUGCUGAAUGAAAUUGCAAUUCGAGACUCGCAACGUUUUGCAAGUUCACAUAAUCAAAAUAAAAUGUUCCUACCAUAUGUAACGACAAGGGAUUGGCCGAUUAAGUCCACCUCGGAAAUUUACAGAACAUUUGGGUUAACUGUAUUUCAAGAAUUGACUCGGAAUAAUUAUCGCGUAUUUUGGACUGAGACAAAUGGCGGAGAAUUCGUUUCAUUCACCAACGCAGUCUUUGGGGAAUCGAAAAAAGAAUAUAUUAUACCUGAUCUUUUAAUGCAACAAAAGGUCCAGAUAGUCAAAAUAUCAGAAGAACAGUAUAAACAUCUUGAAGAGCUUCCGAACACCGUAUCCCCCAACUUUAUUACGCCGGAUUUGGUUUGUAAUACAUUCCAUAAUAAGAAAGAUAUGUGGGAUUCGUACAAAACAUCGGAGAAUCAAAAAGUAGUGAAGAAAGCUAUCGAUUAUUUAUUAAGAUUCAUUUUAGGAGGAACUGAACCCCAGGAUAUAAAAACUUACGAAAAGUUAAUUGGAUUGCCAUUGGUUCCUCUUUAUGGUGACGCAGUUGGAACCUUUUGUGAGAUGGAAUAUUAUAUAGCCGAAGAAGACUAUCGAAAAUUAUUUAAUAAGACAAGAUUAUCUCGCUUCGUGACUGAGCUGCCAUUCGAAAUUAAGAAUAAGGAAAUUUCAAAAUUAUUGAAAAUCUUUGAACUUGACGCGAAUAGUAUUCUUAACCUACUCGAGAUUGAGUUGCCUAUAGUAGAGCAGAUGGACUGGGAUCCGUCGGGCGAAUCAUACCCAAAUAAAAAAUGGCUUGGCCUUAUUCUAGCAAAAUUUAGAAAAGAUUCCGUGUUUGAAUUUCGUAAAUUAGCGAGAUUUCCACUUCUUCCGAAGAUUUAUCCACAUCAAAAGCUCAUCCGGUUUGAUAAAUCUAGUCCAUUAUUAUUUCAAGGAGGCAAUCUUGAAUAUCCUUUGAUCCAUGCGCUAAGAUGUAACGAAAAGAAUAACGAAUUGGAUGCGGAUUCUCUAAAAAUAAUUCAAAGUUUACCGAUCUGGCCUACAUACCCUCAAGGCAGUUUGAUCGCGGCCAAUAGAGGAUGUCUCCUUAACUCGAAACUUAAAAUAUGCUCGUCAUCGCAUGAAAAGAUUUUUAAAGUUGAAUCUGGUAAAUAUUAUGACACGCUUUCAUAUCUUAAUCCUAAGAGCAUGAACGAACUAGAAUAUAUCACCAAUUAUUAUGAAUGCACGAAUGUAACGCCUGACGACGACGAAUAUCUGGAGUUCUUGAAGAGCGUUCUUAUACUGGAAAAUGACAAAAUAGAAAAUUAUCUUAAAAAUAAUGAAGUAAUUCCAAACAAAGAUCGCACCGCGCUUGUCGAAGAAAACGCAUUAUAUGACAUUAAUGUGGAGUUAUUUCGCGAAAUUUUUAGAAAUACGGAUAAAUUUUUACCAAUAGGACUUCAAGAGAAUGAAAACAUCUUGUGUAUUCUGGAAAGAGUGGGACUCAAACGUUGUAUCAACUCUAAUUCAUUUAUCGAAUGUGCUCGCGAGAUUGAAAGUAAGAUCCGCAUCACUCCAAAAGAAGAUAUCAAAUCAUUAGCCCGAAGAUUGGUGACGGAAUUGUUUUUACGUUACGAUAAAUUGAGGUUUAAUCCGCAACAAUUGAAAGAUCUCUUGUCCAUAAAAUUCGUUCCCACCGAUAGAAACCUUCAAGAAUAUUAUGGUAUACACAUGGAUGAAAUAGUCUCUCUGACCUCUGCCUGCUUUUACAAAUAUAAAGAUCUGGUGUGGACGCAAGUUCCACUUAUCGACAAAUGGUUCGAUGAUCCACCAAUAAAAUUUUUAGAAACUUGUAAACCUGAACUAUGGGAUGUCAUUAAUCAUUGGGAAACAGUCGCGACAACAUCAAUAAUCGCUCAAACUGAAAGAUCUGACCGGAAAUAUUAUGGAGAGAGAAAACGAUUUCAGGAUAUGAUGACAGAAAUUUACGAAUACAUAGACUCGCAAAUAAACGAUCGAAGCAAAGAAAUCAAAUCAAGAAUACGUGGGAAAAAGCUAUUUUUAAAUGGUGAUGACCCAUUAGAACCAGAAAGCUGGGUAUUGGGAUCUAGUUUAGUAUAUGGAAUUUCUGAAGAUAUCGGACAAAAUCUGCAUAAAGUAUCUCCCUUUUUAGAAAAAUACAAAGCCUUAUUGAAAUUAGCAGGGGCAGAAGAAUUAAUAAGAGUGAAGACAGAAAGAGAAGUACGAGAGUAUAAUCAAAAGACAUUUAAAAAGAUUUAUGCAAAUAGAUAUGUACUUUCAGCUGCAACACAGUACUUUAAACAACUUUUUCACAAUAAAAUGAUCGAAGGCAUUGAAAAUAAGAAGGUAACCGUGAACGUCAACGAUGACUUUAAGCCCAAUACUUUCAGAGUUCUUUUUCUUUGGCUUUAUGGUCAAUCCUUCGAAGAAGCAUCUAAAGCCGUGUCACCCAAGAGUGAAAACUAUGUUGCAUUCUUAAUUGACCUACUCAAGGCUUCAAAUAAAUAUCUGAUUGAUCCUCUCAAAGAUAUCUUGGAGGAAGCUAUAAAAGACAAAUGUGAUAUAACAAAUGUGAUAGAAAUUGUAGAUUGGGCGAAAUUUUGUAAUGCGGAACAUUUAAGAAAGCAUUGCUUGAAAUAUAUCAAAGAAAAUAAGAAAUUACUGUCGCAAAAGAUAUCAAAAGAUGUGGAGAACACCAAAGAUAAACAAUAA